UGACCAGCAAAAAAACGCCAUUGAUGUGCAUAUCAAUGGACGAUCUUCAGCUCAAUCAAUGUAUAAUUAGACGUUAAAGGUUUAUUCAGCAAGUUUAGUAACGCUAACAAUUCGGUUUUCAAAUUAUACAUAGUUUGGUGGAUUGAUUUUGAUUGAUUAAUAACGCAAUUUUGCUUCGAUUUUAAGUUCUGUUUUUGCAAUGGAAAGUAGCGUAUCAGGACGACUGUUAGGUUGUGAAAUUCAUGGAUUCCGCACUAUGCAAGAUUUGGAUAUUCCCAACAUAAUGGAGGAAUCAAAGAUGAGGUGGCUCCGACCAAAUGAGAUUCAUGCAAUACUUUGCAACCACAAGUAUUUCAACAUCAAUGUCAAGCCUGUAAACUUGCCUAAAAGUGGCACAAUUGUGUUGUUUGAUCGUAAGAUGCUCAGAAAUUUCCGGAGAGAUGGAUAUAACUGGAAGAAGAAGAAGGAUGGGAAAACUGUCAAAGAAGCUCAUGAACACUUAAAAGUUGGUAAUGAUGAACGAAUACACGUAUACUAUGCACAUGGAGAAGAUAACACAACCUUUGUUAGAAGAUGCUACUGGCUGCUUGACAAGACUCUCGAACACGUAGUCCUUGUCCAUUAUCGUGAAACUCAAGAGGUUUCCUCCAACAGUACAGUUGCACAGGGUUCUCCAGCUGCCCCAGUAAGUUCUGGUUCGGCAUUGUCUGAUCCUGCUGAUCUGUCUGCUUCUUGGGUUUUAUCAGGAGAACUUGAUUCAGCUGUUGAUCAGCAAUAUUCCGCUAGCCGACAUGCACAUUUAGAACCUAACAGGGAUAUGACCGUCCAAAAUCAUGAACAGAGACUACUCGAGAUUAACACACUUGAAUGGGAUGAUCUGUUGGCACCUGGAGAUCCCAACAAGAUGGUUGCUACCCAGCAAGCAGGAGGUAAAACUGCAUAUGUACAGCACACGUCGUAUGAGCAACGCAAUCUAUGUGAAUUAAAUGGUUACAGCCUCGAUGGUGGUGUCUCCUCUUCUCUUGAGAGAAUUUCUACAUUCAACAAUUCAAAUGAGAUCACCUUCCAGACAGUGGAUGGUCAAAUGACUUCAAGUUUUGAGAAGAAUGAGUCCGGAGUAAUGACAGUGAGCACAGGCGAUUCCUUGGAUAGUCUGAACCAGGAUAGACUUCAAACUCAGGAUAGCUUUGGAAGGUGGAUGAACUACCUUAUCAAGGAUUCUCCAGAAUCCAUAGACGAUCCAACUCCCGAAUCUUCAGUGUCAACAGGUCAAUCAUAUGCAAGUGAGCAGAUAUUCAACAUAACAGAAAUAUUGCCUGCGUGGGCUCCUUCAACUGAAGAAACAAAGAUCUGUGUCAUUGGGCAAUUUCAUGGAGAACAAUCACAUCUAGAAAGUUCUAGCUUGCAUUGUGUUUGUGGAGAUGCUUGUUUUCCUGCAGAAGUUCUGCAACCUGGGGUAUAUCGUUGCAUAGUUUCUCCUCAAACCCCUGGACUGGUAAACAUUUAUUUAAGUUUCGAUGGUAAUAAACCUAUUAGUCAAGUCAUGAGCUUUGAGUUUCGAGCUCCUUCAGUACAUGUUUGGACAGAACCCCCGGAGAAUAAAUCUGAUUGGGAUGAAUUUAGAAAUCAAAUGAGGCUUGCUCAUCUGCUGUUCUCUACAUCUAAGAGCCUUAAUAUCCUAUCCAGUAAAAUACAUCAAGAUUUGCUGAAAGAUGCAAAAAAAUUUGCUGGAAAAUGUUCUCACAUCAUUGAUGAUUGGGCCUGUCUGAUCAAAUCAAUUGAAGACAAGAAAGUCUCUGUCCCACGUGCAAAAGACUGCUUGUUUGAGCUCUCUUUGAAAACCAGACUACAGGAAUGGCUGUUGGAAAGAGUUGUCGAAGGAUGUAAAAUCUCAGAACAUGACGAGCAAGGUCAAGGAGUGAUCCAUUUGUGUGCUAUCCUAGGUUACACUUGGGCUGUAUAUCCGUUUUCCUGGUCCGGUUUGUCAUUGGAUUAUCGAGACAAAUAUGGAUGGACAGCUCUCCAUUGGGCUGCUUAUUAUGGAAGGGAAAAAAUGGUUGCAACUCUUUUAUCUGCUGGAGCAAAACCAAAUUUGGUCACAGAUCCCACUUCAGAAAACCUUGGCGGAUGUACUGCUUCCGAUCUUGCAUCCAAAAAUGGUCAUGAGGGUUUGGGGGCUUAUCUCGCUGAGAAGGCGUUAGUUGCACAAUUUAAGGAUAUGACAUUAGCUGGAAAUAUCAGUGGUUCACUCCAGACGACUACUGAAUCAAUAAACCCCGGGAAUUUCACAGAGGAAGAGCUAAAUCUGAAAGAUAGUUUAGCAGCUUAUCGUACAGCUGCAGAUGCAGCUGCCCGUAUCCAGGCUGCAUUCAGGGAGCGUGCUCUGAAAGUGCGGACAAAAGCAGUCGAGUCUUCAAAUCCAGAAAUGGAAGCACGUAAUAUAAUUGCAGCAAUGAAGAUUCAGCAUGCUUUCCGCAACUAUGAGAUGCAGAAACAGCUGGCAGCUGCUGCACGAAUACAGUAUAGGUUUCGAACUUGGAAGAUGAGGAAAGAGUUUCUUCACAUGCGCCGUCAGGCCAUCAAAAUUCAAGCUGUGUUCCGGGGUUUCCAAGUCCGAAGACACUACCGGAAGAUAAUUUGGUCAGUAGGAGUGCUUGAAAAGGCAUUAUUUCGAUGGCGUUUGAAGAGGAAAGGUCUCCGCGGGCUUAAACUCCAGUCUAGUCAAGUAAUCAAACCAGAUGAUGUGGAGGAGGAUUUCUUUCAAGCCAGUAGGAAACAAGCUGAAGAGCGUAUUGAAAGAUCUGUUGUGCGAGUUCAAGCCAUGUUUCGUUCAAAGCAAGCACAAGAACAAUAUAGGAGGAUGAAGUUGGAACAUGAUAAAGCAACGCUGGAAUACGAAGGGACUCUCAAUCCUGACACUGAGAUGGACUAAGAGGACAAUUUACAAGCAUUUCAUUUGUUUUGGCUGCAGUGGGUUUAGGCAAAAGAACCAAAACCCCCCAAAUUCAGUUACGAAAACAUACCGAAGAUGCACAAAAAGGAAACAAAUUCUAGCAAGAGACAAGAGUAAACGAAGAACCAAAAAGCUGAUGAAGGAAAUACACAUAUACAUAAAAGAGAUAACCAGAUCGACAAAAUACCUAAGUAGGAUAUACUACGUCCAUUUUUUUUUAAUUGUCAUGUAUACUAUCAAAUACUUAUUUCAAAAUAGUUGUUAAGAAGGAAUGGAGGGAUCAUUAAUUUAAUAGUUUGUCGUAGGUUUGUGUAUCAGUCGAUUCAGUUCGGUUUUGAAGUUCAUUAGUUUGUAAAACAUGUUAAAUCAUGAAGAAUCAUUAAGAUAUUAACUUAUUAGUUAUCGGUUA